UAAGGUUCGUUAAUAUCGACUGUAACGUCGUAGCGCUUUCUCUAUCGAUUAUACGCAGGUUAUUCAGUAAAGCUCAUUCAUUCAUGAAUGAGUUCAUCAUAAACACGACUUCAGUCAGAAACUACUAACUAGAGACAAACACAGUGAUUUAGUUUGGACUGAUUCUCAUCUUAAACAGGACAGUCUCAGCAGAAAUGGAGUUUAUUAAAGAAGAGACUGAAGAUGUGAAGAUUGAAGAAACGUUCAGAAUCAAAGAAGAAGACACUGAGGAACAAAUAGACCUGCUGCUGAAAGAGGAGCUCACAGUAUCAAAUGAAAUUGAAGAGAAAGAACAAUAUGAGAAUUAUGAUAAUUUUAAAACAGAAGAAGAGUCUUUCAGUUGGCCACAGACUAAACAAACAUUCUCACAGAAAACAACUCAUAAAACAGGAACCUUUUUAACUCCUUUUUGCUGUGAAAACAGUCUGAAUGAACCUGCAAAGCUCACACGUUGUAAGAAACAAACCGUUCACACUGGAGCGAAGCCUUGCACCUGCCAACAGUGUGGAAAAAGUUUCAAACAUAAAGAAAACCUUAAGGUGCACAUGAGAGUUCACACUGGGGAGAAGCCUUAUAGUUGCCAACAGUGUGGAAAAGGUUUCACUCACGAAGGAAACCUUAAGGUGCACAUGAGAGUUCACACUGGAGAAAAGCCUUACACCUGCCAACAAUGUGGAAAAGGUUUUACCCAAAAAGAGAACCUUAAAGUGCACAUGAGAGCUCACACUGGAGAGAAGCCUUACACUUGCCAACAGUGUGGAAAAAGUUUCACUCAUGUAGGGAACCUUAAAGUGCACAUGAGGAUUCACACUGGAGUCAAGCCUUACACCUGCCAACAGUGUGGAGUCAGUUUCAUACACAACGAAAACCUUAAAGUGCACAUGAGAAUUCACACUGGAGAGAAGCCUUUCACCUGCCAACAGUGUGGAAAAAGUUUCUAUAGAAAAAGAAACCUUAAUGACCAUAUGAUAAUUCAUACAGGAGAGAGUCCUUUCAUAUGCCAACUGUGUGGGAAAAGUUUCAGCCGAAAAGAAAGUCUUCACAGACACAAGAGAGUUCACACCGGAGAGAAGCCUUACAGCUGCCAACAGUGUGGGAAAAAUUUCACUUACGAAGGAAACCUUAAAGUGCACAUGAGAGUUCACGCUAAAGAUAAGCCUUUCGCCUGCCAACAGUGUGGAAAAAGCUUUACUUGUGAAGGAAGCCUUUAUAAGCACAUGAAAAUUCACACAGGAGAUGAGCCUUUCGCCUGCCAACAGUGUGGAAAAAGUUUAGCUCACGAAGGAAGCCUUUACAGGCACAUGAAAAUUCACAAUGGAGAGAAACCAUUCAUUUGCCAACAGUGUGGAAAAUGUUUUACUCAAAAAGGAGACCUUAACAGGCACAUGAGAGUCCACACUGGAGAGAAGCCUUACACCUGCCAACAGUGUGGAAAGAGUUUCACUCAUGAAGGAAAUCUUAAAGUGCACAUGAGAGUUCACACUGGAGUCAAGCCUUACACCUGUCAACAGUGUGGAAAAAGUUUUACUCAAAAAGAAAACCUUAAAGUGCACAUGAAAGUUCAUAUUGGAGAGGUGCCUUGCGCCAGCAAACAGUGUGGGAAACGUUUUAAUAGAAAAAGAAACCUUAAUGACCACACAAUGAUUCAUACAGGAGAGAGUCCUUUUAUCUGCCAAUUUUGUGGGAAAAGUUUCAACCGAAAAGAAAGCCUUGACAGACACGUGCAGAUUUACUCCGGGGAGAAGCAUUGUGUGUCAUCAGUGCGGAAAGCUUCAACCAAAAAGAAACACACUGAAGACACUUUCGGGAGGGGAGGUGCUCUCAAGACUUGCGAUCUUGCCUCUCUGCUCUUUGGGGGAGAAAGGCACCUUCUGCUGCCACUCACUACGGUUUCUGUGCCCCAAGUAGAGGGUUUGAGGGUUACAGUGAAAACUUCUCCGUCGGUCUCAUCCUCAUGGACCUUUCACAGCAGCUGUCCCUUCCAGCUGUUCUCCAGGUGGCGAGAGUCGUUUGGACUGAUUCUCAUCUUAAACAGGACAGUCUCAGCAGAAAUGGAGUUUAUUAAAGAAGAGACUGAAGAUGUGAAGAUUGAAGAAACGUUCAGAAUCAAAGAAGAAGACACUGAGGAACAAAUAGAUCUCAUGCCACUUAAAGAAGAGAGCAUAAUGACAAAUAUAAGUGAAGAUAAAGAACAACACGAGACUCAUCGUGAUUUUAAAACUGAAGAAGAAUCAUUCAGUUGGCCACAGAUUAAGGAGACUUUUUCACUGAAAACGGGUCAUGGAACAGGAACCGAAAGUGAACAUGGAAACCUUAAAGGUCACGCUGGAAAGAAACUUUUCACCUGCCAACUGUGUGGAAAAAGUUGUACUCAAAAAGGAGACCUUAACAGGCACAUGAGAGUCCACACUGGAGAGAAGCCCUACACUUGCCCUCAGUGUGGAAAGAGUUUCGAUCAUAAUGGAAACCUUAAAGUGCACAUGAGAAUUCACACUGGAGAGAGACCUUACAUCUGCAAACAGUGUGGAGUCAGUUUCACUCAUGAAGGAAACCUUUACAGGCACAUGAGAGUUCACACUAGAGAAAAGCCUUUCAUCUGCCAACAGUGUGAAAAAAGUUUCACGCAUAAAGGAGACCUUACAGUGCACUUGAGAAUUCACACUGGAGAGAAGCCGUUUACCUGCCAACAGUGUGGAAAAUGUUUCAACAGAAAAACAAACCUUAAUCAACACAUGAUGAUUCAUACGGGAGAGAGUCCUUUUAUCUGCAAAAUGUGUGGAGAAAGUUUCUGUCGGAGAGAAAGCCUUGACAGACACAUGAGAGUUCACACUGGGGAAAAACCUUACAUAUGCCCUCAGUGUGGAGAGAGUUUCGAUCUGCAUGGAAGCCUUAAAGUGCACAUGAGAGCUCACACUGAGAAGAGCUCCAUCAUCUGCCAACAGUGUGGAAAAAGCUUUACUCAAAAAGCAGACCUUAAGAGGCACAUGAGAAUUCACACUGGAGUCAAGCCUUACGCCUGCGCUCAGUGUGGAAAGAGUUUCAGUCGGCAUGAAACUCUCAAAGUGCACGUGAGAGUUCACACUAGAGAGGGUGUUCUAUCCGCAAACAGUGUGGAAUGUCACAAACCUGCGCCGCUCUACAUCUGUUGUGAUUUGGCUGAAGAAAGGACAGUCUCAGCAGAAAUGGAGUUUAUUAAAGAAGAGACUGAAGAUGUGAAGAUUGAAGAAACGUUCAGAAUCAAAGAAGAAGACACUGAGGAACAAAUAGACCUCAUGCCGCUGAAAGAGGAGAGCAUGCUACAGAAUGAAACAGAAGAGAAAGAACAAUAUGAGACUCAUCAUGAUUUUAAAACCGGAGAAGAAUCCCUCAGUUGGCCACAGACUAAAAUAAAUGUCUCACAGAAAACAACUCAUAUAAUGGGAACUGAAAGUUAUUUCACCUCUUUUCCUGAAGAACAUGGAAACCUUAAAGGCCACACGAGAGGUCACACUGGAAAGAAACUUUUCACCUGCCAGCAUUGUGGAAAAAGUUGUACUCAAAAAGGAGACCUUAACAGGCACAUGAGAAUUCACACUGGAGAGAAGCCCUACACUUGCCCUGAGUGUGGAAAGAGUUUCGAUCAUAACGGAAACCUUAAAGUGCACAUGAGAAUUCACACUGGAGAGAGACCUUACAUCUGCAAACAGUGUGGAGUCAGUUUCACUCAUGAAGGAAACCUUAACAGGCACAUGAGAGUUCACACUGGAGACAAGCCAUACACCUGCCAACAGUGUGGAAAAAGAUUCUCACACAAAGGAGGCCUUACAGUGCACUUGAGAGUUCACACUGGAGAGAAGCCGUACACCUGCUCUGAGUGUGGAAAGAGUUUUGAUCAGCAUGGAAACCUUAAAGUGCACAUGAGAGUCCACACUGGAGAGAAGCCUUUCGCCUGCCAACAGUGUGGAAAAUGUUUUAAUACAAAAACAAACCUUAAUCAACACAUGAUGAUUCAUACCGGAGAGAGUCCUUUUAUCUGCCAAAUGUGCGGAGAAAGUUUCUGUCGGAGAGAAAGCCUUGACAGACACAUGCGAGUUCACACUGGGGAAAAACCUUACAUAUGCCCUCAGUGUGGAGAGAGUUUUGAUCUACGUGGACGCCUUAAAGUACACAUGAGAACUCACACUGUAGAGAGUGUUUUAUCUGACAGUAGUGUGGAAUAAACUUCAUUCAUAAAGGAUUCCUUAAUAGAGUGGUUCCCAAGCUAGAGUUAACAGUUGGGGUGCAUUAGCAGAUCUACUUUGAGGACAAAUUACUUGAUAUGAACUAGUAUCACUAUCAGUAAACACUAUCAGACGUGAAUAAAUUAAGCUAUUUGCAUGUAGUUGGACACUUGAACAUUUUGAGUUUACUUGCUUCAGUCGCAUUUGAAAUUCACUUCACAACAAAUGUGAAUUCGUGUCAUGGGAGGGGCUUCUGCCAGGUGGCUCCACUCUUGUAAUGAAAUGGAUGACAUGGAUUUUGUUGAGAGAGUAGCAGUGCUUUAUGUGCUAUGAAAGGUUGAAAAACUGCAUAAGCUUGUUCGGGGCCAUGUCUGGGUCCAUCAGAUCCUUCACAAGCAUACCCAGCUUGGUGAAUUUCACCAACUUCUCCAGGAGCUAUACCUGGAUAAAAGCCGCUUUCUGCGUUACUUCUGACUAAGCCAGUCCCAGUUUGAUGACCUGUUGUCCCUUGUCGGUGGGAGGAUUUCCCUCCAGGACACCAACUAUAGGCACUCUAUUCCACCUGCAGAGCUCCUGUUCAUCUGUAUCUGAUAUCUUGCCACUGGAGACUCGCUCUGGACCACCACCAGAAGUUUCCGUGUUGAUGUCUCCACAGUCUGAAAGUUUGUCCCAGAUGUGGUGACUGCAAUCUAAGACUGCUUAGUGGAGGAGUUCAUGGCUGUGCUCUCCUCAAAUUAAUGGAGGUCUUUGCAGAGGGUUUCGAGGAGAGGUGGAACUUCCCACUCUGCUGGGGAGCACUGAAUGGCAAACACGUCCUGAUCAAGGCACCCCCCUUUUUUGGGUAUUGCUUCUGGGUGAUUGAUGUCAGCUGGUAUGGGCGGACAAGUGAUGGUGGGACUCUGGCCAACUGGCUUUUGGCCAGGCACCAUCUGCCACCUAACUUCACUUUACCCACAAGCCACAGACCACAGAGGACCCCAGCCCCAUGUCUCGUGGCAGAUGAUGCAUAAAAAACGCAUGACGCCGUUCCCUGAGUGCACCCUUCAGGUCUUUACCGUCUCUCCAGAGCCCAGCUGGUGGUGGAUAACACCUUCAGGAUCCUGUCCUCACAGCGAAAGAUGUAUCGCCGCCUCAUAGAGGUUCAGCCUGAAGUUGUGGAGAGGUGUGUCCUCCACAACUUUAUGGUUGCAACAAAUAAUUUGAAAUUCAUGUUAGGGACAGCUUCAUGGCCCACUUUUCUGCCAAGGGAGCAGUCUAGUGGCAACCAACUGAAUAGUUUUUGUUUAAUAUAUCCUGUGCUCUUUAUGUCCUUUGUUUAGUUCUAAAUAUUGCCAUUUUUUGUCUUUUCUUUUGAUUUAUAUAUUUAUAUAUUGACCCUUUAUAUAUUGUAUAUAUUGUAAAUAAC